AGCUUGAGGUCAUUUUACUCCAUUUCCAAUCCAUCCCUCUGUUUCAUAACUGCACAUUACUAUUUUAUUAGCCCUAAGUUUUUACCUAUAAUGAUUUUGAGUGAACUUCCACCCUUGAUAAAGAAUAUCUUAUUUGACAUUUCAACAUUUUUAAUUUGAAAACCUGUAGGGGAAAACAUUUUUUAGAUUUCUUAAAAACUAUACUUUCAGACACACGCUAUUACUGCAAACCUGUUUGGAGAAAAGGUAACACUCUGGCCAUUACUCUGCAACGAAAAUAACAGGUUUCAAACUUUACUGUAAUAUUACACCUCGCUGUUUUUGUUCUGUGUUUGUCUUACACAGGUUUUGCUUGAAUGUAUCAUCAAAUAGACUAUGCCUGAGCCCAGGUCAGCAGUUUUCGUGUGAAUCCAGAGGAGGUCAGUGUUGCGUGUCUGCUUGUGACCUCAAGUCACUUCCCCUGACCUCACACUAACCUCUACAGAUUCAGCAGGGAGGGUGUUUUUUAACUUUGAAUGAAGGAGAGUAAGAGCUGAAUGCGGGUUUCCCCUGCUGCAUGCUGGAAGAGACCGCCUCCAGCUGAGAAAGCACUGCAGCAGCUCUGCUUCUGAGGGAUGGGGCUGGUGGGCGUGGCCGUGGAUGGAGGGUUGGACUUUGGGUGGUAGCAAACGCCCCAUCGCUGGAUGUAAUAUUCAAUGAGCUCCGAGCAGAGGACAUCAUCAAGGGGCAACUUGACAGCAACAACACGCAGUUCAUUCAUUUUCAGCGCCGCGGACAUGCCUGGUGGACACUUCAGGUCCCCUCCUGAUAUCGGGAUGCAGAGUUGCCCCACUUUUCUCCUCCGGCGGCCAAACUUUUCACGGCCGUAUCGCUAUGGAGCCGCUGUGGACGGACACCGGCGCUCCGGUACGACAUGCAAAUACGUACUCUGACGUCGGCGAUCAUGUGGCUUUUGGCGUAGAUCCUCCUUGUGAUCGCCAAUUUUUUCCCUUCCCUGUCGCCUGUUGUCUCGUCGGCUAUUGGGCCGCCGCGAGACUCUUUCAAACCCAUUCGGCGUGCUUGCUGCUCCAGCUGUCGCGUUGGGAUUGUACCGCGCUACCUGAACGUCGCGUCAAGAAGGGGGUGGGCAGGCAGCAUCCUGUCAUGAAGACCCAGAAGAGCUGCCAUUGUUGGAGCUGACACCGUCAACGAGUCCAGCCCACGCUGCUCUGCAAACAGUCCUUCAUCUCCCAUUAUCGUAUUUGGUCUCUCUACAAAUACCAAAACAUUUCUUUGACGUCUCUCUGUGACAGUCCCAGAAAGUCCCGUUCUGGUCUGCGUUUAAUCUGUCUGGCUCCACUUUAGACAGUCAUUCUGUAUUUAAUCAGUGGUCCUCCAUCUUGGAAUCCCGAGCCAAGACAAAAGCAACUCUAAGCACAUUCCUGACCCGCAACCUGAAAUCAUCAUGUCAAGUCGACGCAAAGCUUCCACUCCCUGCAUGAUCCGACCAGAGCAAACACAGUUGGAGGUGGAUGAUGAUAAGGACGAAUCGCACAAUAUGGAGGUAACAGAAAACCAUGUUCAGGAUGAGGUGCCUAUGAAUACAGACCAUCCGGUGCAAGCAGAGCCACCGACAGACUCUGACGGGACAGGCAAAGCCUCGGACGCUCCCACAGGUCCUGACAAACCACAAAAGGAGCCGCCAGACCCCUCCAAACCUCAGCGCAGACAGCAGGGAGGCUACGAGUGCAAAUACUGCACCUUUUCCACACAGAAUCUAAACACUUUCAAGGAACACGUGGACUCCAACCAUCCAAAUGUCAUCCUCAACCCACUGUACCUGUGCGCUGUAUGCAACUUCAACACUAAGAAGUUCGACACCCUAACGGAGCACAACGAGAGAUGUCACCCCGGGGAGAGCAACUUCAAAUUCAAACGCAUCAAAAUGAACAACCAGACAAUCCUGGAACAGACGAUAGAAGGCUGCAGCAACAACGCAGUCAUUUACAACACGUUGGGUUCGCUUCCUGGCAAAGGGGACAGACUGGGAAGCUCCUCGCUCAUCAAAACCAACACAGUGAAAACUGCUAAACCAAAAACUUUGUCUACAGACACCAAACGGACAGAACUGCAGAUGGGUAAACUGACCCCAGAGCUCGCCAAGAAACCAAUAACGGCGCUCAAUGUGAACGGGACUGUUAUCAUCCCAGAGUCGACUCUGCUCAAAGCGGACAGCCUUUCUCACAUCAUGCCUUCUUUACAGCAGCCUAUAAAUUACACCCAGGUGCCGAAGAUCGCCGUGCCCCUGAACACAACCAAAUACAACCCGUCCCUGGACGACAACCUGACACUCAUCUCCUCCUUCAACAAGUUCCCCUACCCGACGCAGGCCGAGCUCUCCUGGCUCACCGCGGCCUCCAAACACCCAGAGGAGCAAAUCAAAGUCUGGUUCACCACUCAGCGGCUCAAGCAGGGCAUCAGCUGGUCCCCUGAAGAGGUGGAAGAAGCGAGGAAGAAAAUGUUCAACGGCACCAUCUCAUCAGUGCCUCAGACUCUGACUGUGGUGGCUUCACAGCUGGGCUCCAGCUCAUCCACCAACAGUAGCGCCUCCAAGCCUCUGCCGUCAGCUGCCUCUGUCCUGCAGUCCCUCCCCUGUCAGAUCCUGGGCCAGAACAGUCUGGUGCUGACUCCUGUGGCCAACGGAUCCAGUGUCACAUGCGCACCUCUGGCUCUCACAGUGGCGAGCCAGGUGGCCCAGUCGCUCAAGAGACCGCUGGCCACUCCGGUGAUCGCAACUGAGAGUAAGCGGCCGUCCAUCAUUCAGACCAUCCAUGCGUCGACGGCCACAACGAAGCUGGUGUCGCCCAAAAUGUUGACUUUCACGGCGGACCCGAACAAAACGGCCGAGCAGCUGUCAGUGCUGCGCUCCAGCUACACACAGUGUCCUUUCCCCGAGGAAGAUGAGAUCUACAGGCUGAUAGAGACCACGGGACUGUCCAGGGGAGAGAUAAAGAAGUGGUUCAGUGAACAGAGGCUGCUCAAUCUCAAAAGCGUGGCUUCUCCACCUGUGCUGGUGAAAGCAGAGGCGGCUCCGGCUGUUCUGGACGGCCCCGUUAAGAAAGCCGUCCCAAGUAAGUUUCCCCUGCUGGAGAGAGUGAAGGGGAAGACAUCGGAGCAGCUCAAGGCGCUGGAGGAGAGUUUCCAGAGAAGCAGCUCCCCGAUGGAAAAGGAGCUUGACCAGCUGGCUCAGGAGACGAGGCUGUCCAAGAUGGAGGUGGACUGCUGGUUUUCGGAGCGCCGCGCCCUGAGAGACAACAUGGAGAAGGUUCUGCUCACCAUGGCCUCCAGGAACACGGAGGACAGGCCGGAGCGGGCGGGAGGGGCGCUGCUGAAUGGGGCUUCUCACCGGGAGCAGGACGGGAAGGCUCUUCGUUCCUCUCCUCACCCGCCUCCUUUCUCCUCCUCCUCCUCCUCUUCGUCUUCUACCUCCCCCCCUGUGCUCGCAGCGUCCUCCCCUCAACCUCCCACCCAUUCCUCUUCAAGAUCUCCUCCCAUACUCAACUCGUCUUCUCCUCAUCCUCCCCUCCUGUCAGUCUCCUCAAGCCCAGCGCCCAUCUCCAGUCGCACGCUCGCCCUUCUCAGGGAGAUGUUCUGUCGGACCCAGUGGCCCUCCCCCGAGGAGUACAGCCAGCUGGAGCUCCAGACGAAACUGGGCCGCACCGACAUCGUCCGCUGGUUCAAGGACCACCGCUCGGCCCUGAAGAACGGCGAGACCCUGGACUGGAUGGACGCCGUCCAGAAGCAAAGCCUCGCUGAGGAACAGAACGCGGGCCAGCACCAGAACGGCCAGAUCGCCGACGACAACCAGGCCGUUUCCUUGGAAGUCAAGGCUCUGAAUGCGGAGGAGUCUGGUGGGAACGUAGCAGCUGGGGAGGACUCCAAACUGUCCGGCCAAGACAAAGGGCGCCGGCUGGCCGAGCGACUAGCACAAGGCGUGAACGAUCUGAGCCGAACCGGGCAGGACCAGAACAGCUGCGGUGCAUCCGACAAAGGAAGGUGGGUAAAGGUCACUGCUGGAGACGAGACAGAAGGAGCGGAGAGACAGAGACUGGCCACCGACACUGGUGUUAUGACUAUGGAGCAACCAGGAAGAGUGACUGGGUGACGGAAAGGCAAAUCUUUAAAUGCUGAUUCUCCAGCCAUCGUGGGGCAAGUGAAGACGACCAAUCAGAGACGCAGUGUGUCUGUGAUGUCAUCACACAGCGCCAGGGAUGAUUGCAGCACUGAGGUGAAGAACGGAUGCUGACGUGAAGAGGAGUGCCAAAGCUGGACUUGAUGCAGAACUCUCACUACUACGUUUAGUUUUCUUUUUUUGUUGUUUUUGUAACAUGUCUGUAAAUAUUCUUGUCAUACAGAGUAAGCGGUCUGUUCAGGUGCAGAGCGGCAAAGCUUUUCUUUUAAUUUUUAUUUUCAUGAUGAAUGAAUGUUGCCCCAAAACCUGGAAUGUUUUUGGUUGCUGUAAUAAGAACAAAAAUGUAUUAUAGUCUAUUUGCUGGAAAUCUCCUUUUU